AUGAGUAGUUCGUUGGAUGUUGCCCGAGCAGAGCUUGCCCUUGCUGUCUUGUAUCUGAACAAAGCCGAGGCAAGGGAUAAGAUAUGCAGGGCAAUUCAGUAUGGUUCCAAGUUCUUGAGUAAUGGGGAGCCUGGGACCGCACAAAAUGUCGACAAGUCGACUAGUUUGGCUCGAAAAGUUUUUCGAUUGUUCAAGUUUAUCAAUGAUCUCCAUGCUCUCAUUAGUCCAAAUGCUCCCGGAACUCCACUUCCUCUGAUUUUGUUGGGAAAGGUAUUAACUUUUCGAAAUAUGGGAACUCCACUUAAUAACUUAUCUUUAUCUUACUCUUCUUGUGGUUGUUUGUUUCAGUCGAAAAAUGCACUCUUGUCCACUUUCUUGUUCUUAGAUCAAAUUGUGUGGCUGGGCAGGACAGGGAUUUAUAAGAACAAAGAACGUACUGAACUAAUUGGAAGGAUAUCUCUCUUCUGUUGGUUGGGGUCCUCUAUUUGUACCACCCUAGUUGAGAUUGGGGAACUCGGAAGGCUUUCGGCAUCCAUGAAAAAGCUGGAGAAGGAGCUCAAGAAUACUAAUAAGCAUAAGAAUGAACAGUACAGAAGUAAGCUUCAGAAAUCGAAUGAGAGAACACUCGCGCUCGUGAAGGCAGGCAUGGACAUAGUUGUUGCAGUUGGCUUGCUUCAACUGGCGCCCAAGAAAGUCACCCCUCGUGUUACUGGUGCCUUUGGGUUCGUGAGCUCUCUCAUCUCAUGCUACCAGUUGCUUCCGGCACCACAGAAGGCUAAGACAACCUAA